CACAGCCUUGCCCAGACUCCGGAAGUGGAGGUGUGAGAGGCCGGACUGAGCCGGCUCGGGGUAGCGGGACUCCGGACGCUAGGGCACCGCUCCCGGGCCGGUCAUGAACGGGCCGGCGGACGGGGAAGUGGACUACAAAAAGAAAUACCGGAAUCUGAAGCGGAAGCUCAAGUUCCUCAUCUACGAACACGAGUGCUUCCAGGAGGAACUGAGGAAGGCGCAGAGGAAACUGUUGAAGGUGUCCCGGGACAAGAGUUUCCUCCUAGACCGACUGCUGCAGUACGAGAACGUGGAUGAAGACUCUUCAGACUCAGAUGCCACUGCAUCUUCAGAUAACAGCGAGACAGAGGGAACACCCAAGUUGUCGGACACACCAGCCCCAAAGAGGAAGAGAAGCCCUCCGCUGGGAGGUGCCCCCUCUCCCUCCAGCCUCUCCCUGCCUCCUUCAACAGGGUUUCCCCUUCAGGCCUCCGGGGCCCCCUCCCCGUACCUGAGCUCGCUGGCUUCCCCCCCCUACACCCCAUUCCCUUCUGACUACCUGGCCCUGCAGCUGCCCGAGCCCAGCCCCCUGAGGCCCAAGCGGGAGAAACGGCCCCGCCUGCCCCGGAAACUCAAGAGAGAUGACUCUGGCUGCAGUGUGGAGGAGGAGCUGGAUCUGGGAGAGGCUGAAGGCAGGGAGUCCAGUUAGGAGGCUGGUACCAUAGCACAGAUGGCGGUGGGACCCCCUGACUGCCCUGUGGGAGGGCCGCUGACCUUCCCUGGCCGGGGUUCUGGGGCUGGGGUCGGGGCAGCCCUGACCCCCCUUCCACCCCCCAAGAUGCCUCCCCCCACGAUCCUGAGCACCGUCCCUCGGCAGAUGUUCAGCGAUGCAGGCAGCGGGGAUGAUGCUCUGGACGGGGACGAUGACCUAGUGAUCGACAUCCCGGAGUGACCACCCGCUGCGUCUGCCCAGCACCCCCCUUCCUGUGCCAGUACACGUGCGCCCGGCUUCCUCAGAGAUAUUUAUUGAUGCCCAGUUGCCAUGCUUCGGCCACUGACACAAUCAGAAAAGGCGUAAACAUGCACAAGUGUCCCCUAGGAAGGUGGCAGGGGCCCUGCCUUCAGAUCCGGCCCCACCUAGGGAAGAGUUAUUUAAAUGAGCGGCCGGGAGCAUCUGCCACCUCUUGGGGAGGCAGAGGCCCUGUGGCGGCCACCCCUUUAAGAGGGCAGCUGUACAGGGCUAGGUUUUUUUAAAUGGAGAUUCUGUCUUAAAGGAGUGGCUCUGGG